CGGCGAAGAUGCUGUCUAUGCCGUGGAUCAGGAAGUGCUGCCAGAUAAUCUGGAACCUCCUUACCUUGAGCAGGUCGGAAAAAAAGAGAGAAGAGAACGAAGGAAGAGAAGAGAAAGUGAGGAGAAGAAGAGAUCUGAGCAAUCAUGUGCGACACAGCUGAUGCAGCGGCGGCUCUAACCACCAAUCGUAACUGCACCAUUGAGAUCACCAACCUCAGCAGUUACUUCUGCCUGGUCAACCCUAAGAUCCACAUGUCCAGUGGCUUCAACUUCAACCCCCCGCAGCCGACGGUGCGCACCAUGAAGACGGAGGUGUGCUCCUUCACCAAGGACGACAACACGGCCACGGGCGCCGUGGGGGUGCUCACCUACGAGCUCUUCCACAUGCAGAACCGCCACUGCAACGAGCAGGUGGCCAUCAUGUUCUCCGUGCCCUUCGACUACCGGUUCUACAAGAACUGGCUGGGCGUGGGCCUGUUCGAGCACACGCGCGCCACCGACGAGGAUCUCUACAAGCUCAUGUACUACGAGAAGGACUUCACGAACUUCCAGCGCCACGAGGCCAAGGGCCAAGGGGUCAGGUACAGCGGACGCGCCGUGGACGUCAUGGCGACCAUGUCCGACAACGGCCGCGCCAUCCUCAAGAUGGAGGUGUACGAUAAAAUGACAUAGGAUGGGAACAGGCCAGGAUGCAACGGGAGAUAGAGAGGAGUUAAAGUUGGAUAAAACGGGAUUAGAUGGGAUUUGAGAGGAUGUGAGGGAUGCAUGAAACAUGACAGGCACAAAUCAAUGGAUGCCCAAAGAAGGUUCAAAGAGAUCAAGAUCUCUUUUUCAAGAUGUUGUGUGCAUGAUAUUGCAUACGAUUUCUUAAUAAAAAAAUAAACAAAGUAAUGUACGGUGCUGUCCUUAUGCUGAUAAUAAAGGAACUGUAUUGUGCAA